AUGUCUCUUCUGAAUCUCCAUCACCAACUGGUCUUCUAUAGGGCCUACCAUUUCAACAAGAAGAAUGUACGAAUCCACAUGGUAUUCGUUCCGACUAUUUUGUUCACGUCUCUUCUUAUGGCAGCAUAUUAUCGGUUCGACUCGUUUUUCCCACAGGUUGCGACUCCUUACUCGUAUGUCUUCAAUGCGGCGUCUAUUUGGUCAUAUAGCUCUCUGGCAUACUAUCUAAUUCUUGAUAGGGCCGCAUUGCUGACGGCUCCAUUCCUUCUGCUAGCGCCAGUAGGAUUUGCAUAUCUCUACGAAAUAUUUCCGGCUGCGCAGAUUAUCAAGCCGGCUGCUUCGUUGUUCGUGUUUUCCUGGAUUGCGCAAUUCUACGGCCAUGCCGUGUACGAAGGCCGUUCUCCAGCGCUGUUUGACAAUCUUAUCCAGGCGCUUGUUCUUGCACCCUACUUUGUGCUUUUCGAGGUGUUGUUCUUCUUUGGGUUCAGGAAGGAUCUCGAAAGGGCUGUGGAUAACGAGGCCGGGGUCCGUGCUCGGGACUUUAUUCUGGCGAAAAAGAGGAACGAGAAGGCAGCAUGA